AACAUUUUAUUAUUUGUUAGGCCCAAUAUUAAAAUUAAAAAUGAAAUCAUCGUAUCCAAUAAAGAUCCAUCGUCACCGCCAAAUCUCUCACCAAGACCUCCGACGAAGACGACCACCGUGCCUCCGUCAUGCCGGAGAUCGACGCAUUGUUUGAAUCGAUCAAUGUUCGGGACCUUCUCGCCGGACACGAUCUCAACGAUCCUACCACUCCCUUAUCGGCGCCGGAUCUCCGCCUCCUCAUAAACCGCUUAGAGUCUCAUUCCCUACGGAUCAAGUCCAAAGUUCAGUCCUACCUCGUCGCUCAUCACUCUGAUUUCUCGGAGCUCUUCUCGCUCUGUCAAGACGCUGUCUCGAGGACUCGUCUUAUCUCCGAUGACGUCUCCGAUGUCCUACAAUUGGUUUCUGACCGUCCGAUUGAUGUUGAGAUUCGUAGUGUAGUGGAUGAGAUAACCGAGAAGACUAAGGAAGUGAAAUUGAAGAGAGAAUCGCUUGAUUUAGUGACUGCAAUCGUGGGAAUCUGUGAGGCAUUGCAGGAAACGAAGGAAGCUUUGAAAAACGGACGUGUCAGAUUCGCCGCUGAGAGAAUUAGAGAACUGAAAGUUGUAUUGAGGAUUGGUGAAGAGGAAGAUGGAGAACCUGUGGCUUACGCUUUGCUUAGGAAGGAAUGGUCUAAUUGCUUUGAACAGAUUCAAGAGGUCCUAGCAAAAUUCAUUGAGAAUGCAGUGCGUUUCGAGCUUGACUCGCCUAGACUCAGGAUUAGUUAUCAACUAAGCGUUGGUGAAACUGCUGGAACCGCUCUUAGUACUGUUCUCGAGGCAAUGGAGGUGAUUGGAAUGUUAGACUAUGGGCUUGCGAAAGCAGCUGAUUUGAUCUUCAAGCAUGUCAUCACGCCAGCUGUAACUCAUGCAUCUACCUUUGCCGCUGUGGAGGAUUUAAGUAAAACCUCAGGGGAAAUAACUGAAGCGAUAUUAAGGCUAGAGCAAUCCUCAGGUCACAAGAUUGAAGAUGUGGAUGGAGAUGCAAUAUAUUCAGGAAUUCUUAAGGUUGUUAAGUUCAUUUGCAGUUCCUUGUGUUUUGGAAAUGUUACAUGGAUCCAUUCUUUUGGGAGAUUGACAUGGCCGAGAAUAUCAGAGCUGAUCAUAUCUAAAUUCCUUUCAAAGGUUGUCCCAGAAGAUGCUUCAAAACUUGCUGACUUUCAGAAAAUUAUCGAGCGGACCUCUGAAUUUGAAGCAGCUCUUAAGGAAUUGAAUUUCGUUUCACCAUCUGACGCAGAGAGUAGGCUCAGCAAAUAUGCUGAAGAUGUGGAGGUUCAUUUUGCAUUGAGAAAGAAGAUAGAAAUCCUAGCAACAGCAAGAAAUUUGCUGUUGCAGUGUAACUUCACGAUUCCCCAGGCUAUAAAGAAUGCCAAUUUGAAGUAUGAUGGUGUGGAGUCUUUAGAUGUGAAUUCUUCUAAGCACAUCGUUUACUUACUUUUCUCAUCUGAAAGGUGUGUGGUAUCUGAAGCUGCAUCACAACUUAUGCGAUUGGUGCAUAAGACGCUUGAGGAUGUUUGUGUAUCUUCUGCAAGAGUUGCUUCAGAGUUCUACAACGCUGCUCGAGAUUCUAUCCUUCUAUAUGAAGCUGUUGUGCCUGUCAAGCUAGAGAAACAACUCGAUGGCAUCAAUCAAGCUGCUGUUCUACUGCACAACGAUUGUCUAUAUUUAUUUGAAGAGAUACUUGGAUUUGCUUUUGAGUAUCGUGCUAGCUUCCCUAGCUCCAUCAAGGAAUAUGCAGUAUUUGCUGACAUAGCCCCAAGAUUUAAACUGAUGUCAGAAGAAGUUUUGCAGAAACAAAUUCAUCUAGUAAUCUCGAGCUUGCGAGAGGCUAUUGACAGUGCAGAUGGAUUUCAGAAUACUCAUCAAACGAAACAAUUUGAAUCUGCGAACUUUAGCAUUGAGCAGGUUGUCUUUAGUCUAGAGAAAGUUCAUCUGAUAUGGGAACCAGUAUUACGGCCCAAAACUUACAAGCAAAGCAUGUGCGUAAUUUUGGAGUCGGUAUUUCGCAGAAUAGCCAGAGAUAUUCUUCUUCUAGAUGAUAUGGCAGCUGAUGAAACUUUCCAGCUACAAAGUCUGAUAAAUCUUAUGCUGAAGAACCUAUCUUCUUUACUCGGUUCACUGAGAUCUGCAGACGACACUUCUCGUUCUCUUGAUGAUCUCAUACCAUCGUUGCGCAAAACUCGUAAACUAGCAGAACUAUUGGUUAUGCCUCUCAAGUCUAUAACUUCAGCUUGGGAAAGUGGCGAGUUAUUAAGUUGCAAUUUCACAAGAACAGAGGUACAAGAUUUUAUCAAAGCUACAUUUACAGAUUCGCCGCUGAGAAAAGAAUGCUUAUGGAGGAUAGACGAGGGUAGUCAGUAGAUUGGAAAUGGUAAAACUUAAAAUCCCUUUAGACCUGAGAGGAAGCAAAUGAGUCCUAUUGGCAGAAGGGUCAUGAGCUGGAAGAGCUUAUAUCAUCGACCACACACACUCUUGUGUAAGAAUAUGUAAAGAGAGUUUUAGCUGAUGAUGAAUUGAAACUUUAGGUUUAAAAGCGUGUGCCAGAUUUUGUUGUACAUGAUUUUUACAUUUUUACAUGAUCAAGAAAGGAAAAAAAAUUUGCCCUGGGUGCAUUCAUAAUU